ACGACGUCGGAGUCGAGUAGAGGUUCGCGGGACGAGUCACUUGGUGUUUGAUUUUUGCCACAGUUAACGAGUUAUUACAUUAGAAUGGAUGUCUUACUUAGUUCCGUAAGUCAUGUGAAAAUUAGUUUUUCUGCACUAUAGAUGAGAACGUCUGCCACUGCAUCUUUUCAUCGAACACCAGAGGCGACACACGCACACUCUGUCACUCUGAUGUUGACCUGGUGAUUCUCGCCGGACUCCCUGACUUACAAUCAAUCAGAUGUCAUCGCUGCAGCUCAGCACUUGUUAGGAUGAUCAAGAGCCAGGAGCAGGACGAGUUUAUUGCUGUGCGGGUUCAGGACCCACGGGUUCAGAAUGAAGGCUUCUGGAACUCCUAUGUGGAUUUUAAAAUAUUCCUUCAUACUAAUAGCAUGGCGUUCACGGCAAAGACCUCGUGUGUGCGCCGUCGCUACAGUGAGUUUGUGUGGCUGAAGAGGAAGCUGCAGAAGAAUGCUGGCCUAGUGCCAGUGCCAGAGCUGCCCAGCAAAACCCCAUUCUUCUCUUUCAGCAACGAGGAUUUCCUAGAACGACGGAGAAAGGGCCUUCAGCAGUUUUUGGAUAAAGUGCUGAACAUGACAGUGUGUCUGUCGGACAGCCAGUUGCACCUCUUCCUGCAGACUCAGCUACCCUUGAGGCACAUCGAGGACUGUGUGCAGGGAUUGACUCCCUACACGGUGAUGGAAGCCAUUCUCUCGUACGCCUCCUCCAAUCAGGGAUGGGCUCAGGAGGAAGAGAACGGUGCCCAGGAUCACAGCAUACUGCCCGUUUUUUAUGAAUCUGUGGACAGCCCUAGCCCUCACGCCUCUACAUUACACUGUGCGAGCGACUUUAAGAGUGUGUCCAGCGAGGCUAUUGUUCACCAGGAGGAGAACAGCGAGGCAGACACCUGUGAGGAAAGGGAUGCUCCCAUGACCAAUGGGCACGCAGGUGACUCCAGCAGCACCAACUCUUUCACAACUUGCGAAGCAGACCAGCAAGAAGUGUCUGUGAGCAAGGUGACAAACGAGGGCGACGAAGUUGUGUUUGUGGCUUGUGAAGCCGACGCAGAUGGGGAGCACAGUGAGAAGGGCAGCAGCGACAGCGAGGGUCCUUUUCUGCCUCAAGCAUGUGACACUCUGGUCUGUAUGAAGGACAGCUGGGAGAGCAACACACACAAGCAUGAGGCCCACAGCCAACAAGUGGGAAGCUGCUGAGCAGAAUCUCAUCGGGCUUUUCCACAAGUUACACGUGUCCAUCUGUGCUGAUACAGCAAGAAGGAGGACUCAUCACUGGGUGCGUAAGGAGAUCAACACUGAACUGAAGAGCAGAGAAGUGAUACAGACUGUGACGCUACUCUCACUGCAGGCCCUCUCUGCCUCGAGAAGCUCCACACUGCUCAUGGGUGUUUCUUCCUGCUGAUCCCUACACUCCUCUUAGUGCAAGCUGUCACACUUUUUACUUGCCCUUUACUGAAGUGAAUUCAAAUUUUAAUUCCUUUAUUGCCACAACGGGGAGAAUAACUGGAUAAAAGUGUUCAGCACUGGUGUAUUUCAGUCGUAGCGUUUGAGCUGAAAAGUGUGUAUUAAUCUUGGAUUAUUGACAAGGAAGAAUGCACAUUGAAACGCUCAGUCUGGUGUCGGCGCUUUGUGUGCGCGUCGUCUUGGUUGCACACUGACACUGCUUUGUGAAGACAGGUACACUUCUGAGAUCAGUCUUAGACUGUUUACGCUUCAUUAAAUUGACUUUGCAUACUUCCUCUGUGUUUUACAUGUGCUGUUUUUAGACCCCAAAGAGUUGCUUAGAGCUGUGGUAUUGUUUAGAAAUAUGCCUAAAAUGUCUCACUUCUUUUUUUUUUUUUUUUUUUUUUUAAUUUAUGUAUGUUAUAAGGGAAAUGGUGAAGUCCAAAUGAACCAUUAUGGUUCAUUUAGUUUGAGUCAAAAUAGAAUUUUAGAAAUAGUGGAAUUUUGCCAACAUGCCACCUCACAGUGGACAUGCACAUUUUCACUGCGUUUAAUGUUCAGUGUGGCCAUGCUGACAGGCAUUGACACUAAACUUAAUUUAUUGUCCAUUUUACCUAAUUUUCAAUCUCUUUUGGUGUGGCUUUAACUUAGCAGGGUGAAUAUAUGUUUGGUUUUAGGAAGGCAAAGAAUUUUUGGAACUUUUUGGAUUAUUUUUAAAGCUCCAAUUGUUGCCUAAAUCAUGUUCUGCCAAAUGUGAAAUGGUAACAGUGGCAUUUAUUUAUUUUCUAAAUUGAUUUAAUUUUAUUUUGAGUUUUUUUUUUUUAAUCUGGAUCUACAAGGGCUUUUUAAGCGGUCAGUACAUCAGAUUGAUCCCUGACCUUUUGCUGUUCCUGUGUUUGCUGAACACCAUUUAGAAACUUGACUUGCACUUUAUCUUGAGAAAUAAAAUGUAUUUGA